AUGGUCAACAUAGUUGAGACUUACAAGCCAAACUCUCUGAUCUGAGCAUCUGGGUGCUGUUUCUCUUGAGCAACUAUUUUAAGUCAUCUUCGACAAAACAUACCUCCAAUGGCGUCGUCUUCUUCAACAUCAUCCAUUAAGGAGAACUAUCAGUAUGAUGUGUUUUUAAGUUUUAGUGGUGAAGACACUCGUAGGAACUUUGUGGAUCACCUUUAUGAGUCUCUUCAACGACACGGUAUUCACACUUUCAAGGACGAUGAGAGACUCAAGCAAGGAGAAAGCAUCAACGACCAGCUUUUGAAAUCAAUUGAAGAGUCCAAGUUCUUCAUAAUAGUUUUCUCAAAGAAAUAUGCAUCUUCGUCUUGGUGCUUAAAUGAACUUGUAAAGAUUAUGGAGUGCCAAAAGUCAAACAACCAGACUGCUUACCCUGUUUUCUACGAUGUGGAUCCCUCUGAAGUUCGCAAACAACGUGGUCCAGUUGGAGAAGCCCUUGCCAAGCAUGCCAAUAAGGGGACCCAGAAAUGGAGAGACGCUCUGACAGAAGCAGCCAAUUUGUCAGGGUGGGAUUUAAGGAAAACUGCUGACGGGCAUGAAGCCAAAGUGAUCAAAUUAAUUGUUGAAGAGAUUUCAAUGGAGUUACGACCAAUUAAUGUGAAACUUGAUGAUAACCUGGUAGGCAUGCAACCACGACUACAGGAUCUCCAGAAGUCUUUAGAUAUCGGUUCAGAAGAUGUUCGCAUGAUAGGGCUAAAGGGGAUGGGAGGUGUUGGAAAGACAACUUUAGCUGGAGCUACUUUUGAUAGAUUAUCAAGUCACUUUGAAGCUAAAAGCUUUGUAGAGAAUGUCAGGGAAGUUUCAAAAGCUUCGCCCUCUGGUUUAUUAUCAUUGCAAAACAAGAUCCUUACAGAUUUAACUGAGGGAAACAUUGUAGGUAGUGUCCAUGAGGGAAAAAAUAUGAUGAAAACAAAGUUGCGUGCUAGAAAGGUUCUUUUGGUUUUAGACGAUGUGGAUCAUAAAGAUCAGCUUGAUGCAUUAGCUGGUGAUCUUAAUUGGUUCAAGCCCGGAAGUAGAAUUAUAAUUACAACAAGAGAUGAGCAAGUGUUGAUAGCACACAAAGUUAAAUGCAUUUGUAAUGUCAAACUGUUAUCGGACGAGGAAGCGAUUGGCCUCUUCAGUAGGUAUGCAUUUGGAAAAGAUAUUCCAGUUCAAGAGUAUAAAACGCACUCACUCGAAGUUGUACAUUAUGCUGCUGGCCCUCCGUUGACGAUCAAAGUUUUGGGGUCGUUUUUGUGUGGUAAAGACAAGCUUGAGUGGAUAGAUGCAUUAGCAAGACUCAAAACAAUUCCAUUGGAGGAAACUAUUGCAAAAUUGGAGGUAAGCUUUGAAGGUCUUAAGAAUGAUUACAAGGAAAUAUUCCUAGAUGCUGCAUGCUUACUGAAGGGAUGGGAGAAAAACAAAGCAAUAAGAAUGCUUGAAAGUUCUGGAUUUCAUGCUAGAAAUGGUUUAAGAGUUCUUGAGCAAAGAUCUCUUAUAACUUUUCGUGCUAAAAAUUUAGAUUUUUACUUGAGCAUGCAUGACCAUAUAGAAGAAAUGGGCAAGAAUAUCGUACGUCGUAUGCACCCAGAUGAGCCCAACCAACAUAGCAGAUUGUGGAUUCAAGAGGAAAUUGAAGAUGUACUGGGUGAUGGCUUGGGUACUGAAGUGACACGUUGUAUAAAUCUAAAACUCACACCUGCGAUUGUUGGGGAAGGUCUUAGAAACAUGAAGAAGCUUAGAUGCCUUAUCGUAAAUUAUAGAGAGAUCGGUAUGGAUUCUGAUGACCUUGUGAAGAUAGAAGAAUUUUGUCAAUACUUCCCGAAUGCGUUACGAUACUUGAAUUGGCACUAUUACCCUCAUUCGUGUUUACCCGAAACCUUUCAAGCAAAUAAUCUUGUUGCGCUUGAAAUGUUUGGCAGCGAAAUUGAACAACUUUGGGUAGGGGGAAAGGUUAUGAGGAAGCUCAAAUCCAUUGACCUCUCCUUUUCAAAGAUGAGGACCCUUGAUCUUGGGUUGACUCCUAAUCUUGAGAGGUUAGAUCUACAGAGUUGUUAUGACUUGGAAGAAGUUCAUGUGCCUGCUGGAUGUCUAAGGAAUCUUGUGUACCUAGACCUUGGUCAAUGUGAGAGGGUGAAAUCUUUUCUAUUUAUCAAGGAAUUGGAAUCACUUGAAGUUCUAAAUCUAAAUGGGUUACAUCUAACGGAGUUCCCAGAUAUAAUCCCGAGCCACUCCAACAAUAGUCUGCAACUGCUUAAUUUUUGUGAUAAUGAUGUAGAAAAUCUACCUACAUCAAUUGGAAAUCUUCAUAGGCUUGUUUAUCUCUAUGUUACGGAUUGCGUAAAGCUCAAGAGUCUUCCGGCAAGCAUUUGUAGUUUACAACAUUUAAAAGUUCUCGACCUUCAAAGAUGUGGCAUAGAGGAAUUGCCUGAGAACAUUGGCCAAUUGGAAUGCUUAGAAAAAUUAGAUUUUACUUAUUUGAAAGUAAAAUAUCUCCCAGAGAGCAUUUGUAUGUUGAAACAUUUGAAAACUCUUCUUCUCCCAGAGUGUAAAUUUCUUUACCGGUUACCCGAGGAUCUUGGAUGGUUGGAAUCUUUGGAGGAAUUAAAUCUACGCUUUUGCAAAAUUAUAGAGAUUCCGAGCAGCAUUUGUAAGUUAAAGCAUCUUAAAACUCUAAUUCUAGAAGGUUGUAAAGUUAGUGAGUUACCCAAGGAUCUUGGACGGCUGGAAUCUUUGGAGGAACUAAAUGUACGCCAAUGCGAAAUUACAGAGAUUCCGAGCAGCAUUUGUAUGUUGAAACAUCUAAAAACUCUAGAUCUUACAGGGUGUAAAGCACGUAAGUUACCCAAGGAUUUAGGCCAAAUAGAAUCAUUGAAUAACCUAUUUAUAAAUUCUCAUGAAAUUACAGAGAUUCCAUCCAGUAUUUGUAAGUUAAAACAUAUCAAAAGGCUUAACCUGGUUGGGUGUUCUAAGCUUAAGAAACUACCCGAAAACCUAGGAGAUUUUGAAUGCUUGGAGGAACUGGAUCUAAGAUUUUGCAAAAUAAGAGAGAUUCCAAGCAGCAUUUCCAAGUUGAAGCAUCUUAAAACUCUACGUCUUGAAUAUUGUAAUGUUCACAAGUUACCAGAGGAUUUUGGCCAAAUAGAAUCAUUGAAUUACCUAAGUCUAAGAUUUAGCAAGAUUAGAGAGAUUCCAUCAAGCAUUUGUAUGUUGAAACAUCUUAAAACUCUAAAUCUUCAAGGUUGUAACGUUCAUAAGUUACCAGAGGAUUUUGGCCAAAUAAGAUCAUUGAAUUACCUAUGUCUAAGAUUAAGCAAGAUUAGAGAGAUUCCAUCUAGCAUUUGUAUGUUGAAACAUCUCAGACAGCUUGACCUUUCUGAAUGUCCUAAACUCAAGAAACUACCCGAGAACCUAGGAGAUUUGGAAUGCUUGAAAGUGUUAUAUCUAACGAAUACUUCUAUAAGUCAUCUUCCCCAUAGCAUUUCUAUGCUGAAAGGUCUUAGAGUCGUUGGAUAUGAAAAAAGGAUUGAUGGGCUACGCUGCUUGUCAACGGGUUCAUGGGCUUUGCUGGCUUUGCUUGUGGCUGUAUCAAUUUUGGUAUUUGGAAAAUCGUGUCUAGAGUUUUGGUGGUCUUCUCGCCAUUGAUUACGGUUCAUCAGGAAGUUGCCUAUGGCGCCUUUCCUUUGCUACGUUCCAUCUCUAGCUGGCUCCGGUUCAUCUCCAACCUGUUUGGGUCGUUUCCUUGGUUGAUUGCCAUGUUUGUUGUAGGGGCGGAUCUAUUAAGGGCUCACGGGUGCCCGUGAUACCCCACAACUUUCUUGGCGAAGUGCAAAAUUACGAAAAUACUACAAAAAUGGAAUGAUUUAGUGUUAGGCUCCAACGUCACCACGCAAGUAGCCUCUUGUAGGUGACAAGGUUAAAGAAUGAAAGCUGGAUGAUCGGAAGUGAUACUUUGUGAAGGACUAAAGCUGGAACAGGAGAAAGCUGAAGUGGCAUGAUGAAACUAAUCUUAGGACUGUGAUGACCUUCGUCGUUGUAUAAGUCGACACGUAUACUUGCCAUCAACAGCAAAGAUCCCAUGAUCCGAUAACCGUGCUAUUAUACCUUUGUUAAACAGACCUUUCGUUUAGUUAUUCACAAUUGGUUUUUGUAUGUAUUCGAAAUCUUUAACGUCAUUGAUCAGGGACAACAAACCUGGAACGAUGGUGUAUACAGGCAAUACCCGAAAAAAUCUUGUCGCCAA